GGGCCGCGGGGCGUGAGGGGCGGAAGCAGGCUGGAGUUGGACCCCGGUGGGAAGUAACGCCCGGCGACACCACACCGGGGCCCGACACAGUCCACUCGGAGAAGGGGUGACCGAGCUGAGCAGCUCUCCACGGCGAUCAGUGGCGUUGUAGACCCAUUCCCCUCUGGGUCCCAAAGUCUGCGGGCAGGCGGGCCGGAAGGGGCGGGGCUUGUGGCGGAAGUCCCUCGGCCAGCGCGCAUCACGUGGGAGGACCGCUGGGCGCGGAGCGCGCACGCAGGAAGCAUGGCACUGUGGCGGGCAUACCAGCGGGCCCUGGCUGCUCACCCGUGGAAGGUCCAGGUCCUGACGGCUGGGUCCCUGAUGGGCCUGGGUGACAUUAUCUCACAGCAGCUGGUGGAGAAACGCGGUCUGCGGGAACACCAGACCGGCCGGACCCUGACCAUGGCAUCUCUGGGCUGUGGCUUUGUGCUCCCCUGUCGGGCUGACUCUCAGGGCCCGGUAGUAGGAGGCUGGUAUAAGGUUCUGGACCGGCUCCUCCCAGGCGGCACCAAGGUGGAUGCGCUGAAGAAGAUGCUGUUGGAUCAGGGGUGCUUUGCCCCAUGUUUCCUAGGCUGCUUCCUCCCUCUGGUAGGGACACUCAAUGGACUGUCGGCCCAGGACAAUUGGGCUAAGCUACAGCGGGAUUAUCUUGACGCCCUCAUCACCAACUACUACCUCUGGCCUGCUGUGCAGUUAGCCAACUUCUACUUGGUCCCCCUGCACUACAGGUUGGCCGUUGUCCAGUCUGUUGCCGUCAUCUGGAACUCCUACCUGUCCUGGAAGGCACACCAGCUCUAAGCCUGCCUUGCUCCACUGUUAGUACCUUGCAGUGACAGAUUGACCCUGGAAUGGUCAGACAACCUCCCCAAAGGGGCCAGGGCAGUUUCCAUGUGGUUGGGCCACUCGCCAGAACUUCAUGGGGUUUGUCCUCUGAGCUGGCACAUUUCACCCUAAAAUGUAAACUAACAGCUUCUGAAGUCACUAAAACCUUCAUAAUGCAUCACUUAACAACAAGGAAGCUUUCUGAGAGGUGUCUCCUUAGGUGCUUUUGUCAUUGUGUGAGCAUCCUAGAUGAGAGAGAUCAGUCACUUGCGGUGGCCUCUUGAGAUGAAGCCUACAGGCUGCUACCAGCAUAACUCAGCACACAGUCAAGGUUGUUAAUAGGUAGGAGUACACGCUAACAGUUAAAAGUAGAGCAUAGUAAAUACAUAAGCCAGUAACAUAGUCGUUUAUUACCAAGAAUUAUGUCCUGUAACUGUAUUUACUGUACCCACAUGACUGUAACAUGGUAGGUUUGUUUUCGCCAGCAUUGCCACAGAUGGGUGAGGAAUGCAUUACACUUCCAUGUUACAACAUCACCAUGGCCACAGUGCCGCCAGGUGGUAGGGGCUGCUGUGGGAUGUGCAGGUCGUCACAUCAGCAUAAUUAGGCAGCACCUGACUGACCAUACUCCCACCAUGGUACAUAACUCCACAAAUAAAUGUUUGUUUUAAAGAUUGAUUUAUCAGAGCCGGCACUGUGGCAGAGAGGGUUAGGCUGCCGCCUGCAGUACUGGCAUCCCAUAUGGGCACCGGUUUGAGUUCCAGCUGCUCCACUUCUGAUUCAGCUCUCUGCUAAUGUGCCUGGGAAAGCAGGAGAAGACGGUGCAGGUGCUUGGGCCCCUGCACCCACGUGGCAGACCCAGAAGAAGUCCUGGCUCCUGGCUUUGGUCUGGCCCAGCCCCGGCCAUUGCAGCCAUCUGGGAAGUGAACCAAUGGAUGGAAGACUUCUCUCUCUGCCCCUUCCUCUCCCUCUCUGUAUCUCUGCCUUUCAAAUAAAUAAAUAACUUAAAAAGA